AUGGCACCAUUCCUAUUGUCCAGAGGAAAUAAAUAUAUCUUGCUAGCAGUUGACUACAUAUCAAAAUGGGUAGAGGCGAUCGCAUUGUCAACCAAUGAUGCCAAGGUGGUAGCUGUUUUUGUGAAGAAGAACAUAUUCUCGAGGUUUGGGACUCCACACGCUUUGAUUAGUGAUGAAGAAACAUAUUUUUGCAAUCGGUUGUUGAAUAACCUUUUAGCUAAAUAUGGGGUCCGCCAUAGAGUUUUCAUGGCAUAUAAUCUGCAAACAAAUGGACAAGCUACGGUGUCCAACAGGGAAAUAAAGCAAAUAUUAGAGAAGACAGUGAGUGCGAAUAUGAAGGAUUGGGCUGCAAAGUUAGACGAUGCCUUGUGGGCAUACAGAACUCCAUACAAAACACCAAUUGAGGCGUCGCCGUAUAAGCUUGUUUAUGGGAAGGCAUGGCACUUGCCUAUUGAACUUGAACACAAGGAAUACUGGGCAAUUAAAAAGUUUAAUAUGGACUUUGAAGCCGCAGGCGAGAAGGGACUCUUGGGACUCUUGCAGUUGAAUGAGUUGGAUCAAUUCAGGAUGCACUCUUAUGAAAAUGUGAAGCUUUACAAAGAGAAAACGAAAAGAUGGCAUGACAAGCAUAUCAAUCCAUGUCACUUUGAACCGGGCCAACAGGUUGCUAUGGCUCGUCGUAGUGCAAACAAGGGCAAAGGAGUAGGUAAGUCCUCAACAACUGCUCCCGCUCCCAAAAAGCACAAGAAAGGGGAAGGAUCAUCUAGGCAAGCAAAGGGGAAACAAGUUGUCGAUCGAUAG